CGCCGUCUGAGCCCCACCCCUUUCUCACUUCAGCCCCAGCAGAUCUCCAUUUUCUUCUUUCCUGUCAAGGAGCAGAGUAGCCCAAGACUGUCAAAAUGAAUGACGAAUACGACGUUAUCGUCCUCGGCACCGGACUGACGGAAUGUAUCUUAUCUGGAAUCAUGUCGGUGAAGGGGAAGAAGGUUCUACACAUGGACCGCAACUCCUAUUACGGCGCAGAGAGUGCCUCCAUCACACCUUUGGAAGAUCUCUACAAACGCUUCAACCUUCCUGGCAAACCUCCCGAGUCAAUGGGAAAAGGCCGGGACUGGAACGUGGACCUCGUCCCGAAAUUCCUCAUGGCCUACGGCCAACUGGUCCGCAUGCUGCUGAUCACCCAGGUGACCCGUUAUCUGGAUUUCAAAGUGAUUGAAGGCAGCUUUGUGUACAAGGGAGGCAAAAUCUAUAAAGUUCCCUCCACGGAGACUGAGGCUCUGGCGUCCAGUCUGAUGGGGCUGUUUGAGAAACGACGCUUCAAAAAAUUCCUGGUCUUCAUUACCAACUUCGAUGAAAACGACCCCAAGACCAUGGAGGGCGUCGACCCCAACAAGACGACCAUGAGGGCUAUUUUUGAAAAGUUUAGCUUGGGCAAGGAUGUCAUAGACUUCACUGGCCACUCCCUCGCUCUCUACCGUACAGAUGAUUACCUGGAUCAGCCCUGCAUCGACGCAAUACGGAGAAUAAAGCUUUACAGUGAGUCUCUUGCCAGGUAUGGCAAGAGCCCAUACCUCUACCCACUGUAUGGCUUGGGAGAACUGCCACAAGGGUUUGCCAGGCUGAGUGCCAUCUACGGUGGGACAUACAUGUUAAACAAGCCCAUCGAGGAGAUAGUGAUGGAAAAUGGGAAGGUGGUGGGAGUCAAGUCUGAAGGGGAGAUCGCCAGGUGCAAGCAAUUGAUUUGCGACCCCAGCUACUUUAUGGAACGUACUACCAAAGUCGGUCAGGUGAUCAGGGCCAUCUGCAUCCUGAGCCACCCCAUCAGCAACACCGGUGACGUCAACUCUUGCCAGAUUAUCAUCCCUCAGAAUCAAGUCAACAGGAAGCACGACAUCUACGUGUGUAUGAUCUCCUUUGAUCACAACGUAGCAGCAAAGGGCAAAUAUAUCGCCAUCGCCAGCACCACAGUGGAGACUAAGGACCCCGAGAAAGAGAUUAAGCCAGCCUUGGACCUACUGGAGCCCAUCGAGCAGAAGUUUGUCAGCAUCAGCGACCAGUUUGCUCCGACAGACAUGGGCAAUGAAAGCCAGGUCUUCAUCUCCCGUUCAUAUGACGCCACAACCCACUUUGAGACCACCUGCGACGACAUCAAGGACAUCUACCGGAGGAUGACUGGCUCGGACUUUAACUUUGCUGAGAUGGAGCGUGGAAAGAAGGACAUCUACGGCGACGCAGCCGAGUAGACAUUGAAGGCGCCACUAACACUUCCGAUUAUCAAAAACAAGCGCUGCAGACAACUAAUCUUUACGUUUAUAUAGAAAACCUUACGCAAAUGUACAUCAUUGGGCCAGCCUUCCCAAGAAUAUGUGGCGGCCCAGUGAGUAAGUUGAUAUAGAUUUAUGAUAUAGUAUUGCUGGAUAAAGUACAGGGAGGGAACUAGGCUUUUUCUAAUCACUGUCAGAUCGUUGAUGCACUCAACAUUGGUCACUAACAUUCAAUAAUAUUCUACGGUUUCAUGUCAAAAUGAGUCAACGAUGCCAAAUCAAAUCAAUCAUGUUGUGUGUGUAUAAA